CGCCCCUUUCAUUCUACCCUAUUUAUUGAGCGCCGACUCUGUGCACAGCGCUGGGCUGAGCGCUUCGACACUGCAAGAGAGAGCCCGUCCCUGCCCGCAGACAGCGGCCACCCCGCGCUCCCCUCCAUCCCAUUUUUAUUUUAGUUUUAUUUCCCUUAUCUCAUUUUUCCACCCCCCCCCCCAAAAGGAAUAAUCGAGUCUGGCCCCGCUCCCCCUUUCUAUAAUAAAAGCCGGAGGAAGAGAGGAAGAUUUACAGUCCUUUUUUUUUUGGUCCUCCCACCAAGUUUCUAACCCCUUUGACACUGUUUAGGCCCUGGGUGGGGGGGGGGGGUUGUUUUUUUGUUUUUAGGCUUUUUUUCCCUACUUUUUUUUUUUUAGUCCUCUCCCAUCAAGUUUCUAACCCCUUUGACACUGUUUAGGCCCUGGGUGUGCGGUUUUCUUUUCUUUUGGGGCCUUUUUUACCCUUCCUUUUUUUUUUUUUAAGUCCUCCUUUCCCACCAAGUUUCUAACCCCUUUAACACUGUUUAGGCCCCGUGUAUGUGUGUGGUUUUCUUUUUGUUUUGGGGCUUUUUUUCCCCCCCUACUUUCUUUUUUUUUAGUCCUCCUUUCCCACCAAGUUUCUAACCCCUUUAGCACUGUUUAGGCCCCGUGUGUGUGUGUGUUUUCCUUUUGUUUUUGAGCUUUAUUUCCCCACUUUUUUUCCCCCUGCUUUUUUUUUUUUUUUUAGUCCUCCUCUCCCACCAAGUUUCUAACCCCAUCGACACUUUUUAGGCCCCGAGUGUGUGGGGUUUUCUUUUGUUUUUUGUUUUGGGGCCUUUUGUUUUUUUACCUUUUUUUUUUUUAAAAAAAAUAACCCCUUUCCAAACGGUGAAGACUGGAUACAAAUCGUUUUGUGGCGCAGAGUUCCGCAUCAUUGUCCAAGUCGAGCCAAGACUGCCGGCGAGAUGGAUAAAAAGUCCUUCGAAACGGUGCUGGAUGAAAUCAGAAAGGCAGUUUUGACUGAGUACAAGUUAAAAGCGAUUGAAUAUGUCCACGGAUACUUUUCCAGUGAACAGGUGGUCGAGUUACUGAGAUACUUUUCUUGGGCUGAGCCCCAGUUGAAGGCGAUGAAAGCAUUACAGCAUAAAAUGGUUGCUGUUCCCGCGGCAAAAGUGGUCAACAUCCUCAACUGCUUCACCUUUAGUAAAGAUAAACUUAUUGCUCUGGAACUGUUGGCUUCCAACAUUGUCGAUGCUCAGAACUACCGUCUUAUUGAAGAUCUGUUCAGGAUAAAUAUGUCAGAGAAGAAGCGGUGCCGAAGAAUUCUUGAGCAGGCUUCAAAAGGGGGCUGUAAAGCCCCUCAUGCUAUGAUCUCUUCUUGCGGAGUGAUUCCCGGAAACCCGUAUCCCAAAGGAAAGCCAAGUCGGAUUAACGGAAUUUUCCCGGGGACGCCUAUCAGGAAGGAUGGUGAAGAAUGUACUAAUGAAGGCAAAGGAAUCGCUGCACGGAUACUUGGACCAUCCAAACCUGCCCCAUCGACAUAUAACCCGCAUAAACCCGUUCCCUAUCCCAUACCCCCGUGCCGGCCCCAUGCAACGAUCGCACCAAGUGCUUACAAUAAUCUGGUGCCAAUGGGAAAUGUCAUGGUGCCGGGGGUGCCCCCUCCACCUCCGUAUACUCCUAACCCGGUGGGAACAGAAAACGAAGACCUUUCCAGUCAAUCAAAACCAGCCCAGAAUCAAACAUUUUCCGCUCAAGCCAAUCAGCUCUUUUCUCCUCACGGUUCAACUCCUCCCACCCCGGCCCCCACCCCUGCCCCCACCCCUUCCCCGGUGAAGGCAGGGAAUCACCCGUCGGCCCCGGGAACGCCGCUCGUUCCCGGCGUGGGCCUGUCCACCCCGGUCCUCCCGGUGUUCCCCGGGCAGGUCUCCUCGGCGAUCCCGACGGCUCAGCCGUCCGCCGCCGCGCCGACCGUCAUCAAGACCCUCUCCCUCCCCACCGCCACGGUGACUUCGGUCCACAGCGUGACGCCCAACCCGAUCCCCACGAGCUUCUCGGGGCUGGCCUCGCUGCCGGCCGCGGCCCCCCAGGGCCCCUCGGCCCCGUCUGCCACUCCGGCGCCCGGCGAGACCUUCGCCUCCGCCCCCGCCCCGUUCGGCGGCCUCCCCUUCUCCGCCCCCUCGGCGGUCGGCUCCGCGGGCGGUCACAACCCCGCCUCGCUGUCUUCCGUGUUCGGGGGCCUCCCCCUGUCCUUCCCGCCGGCCGCCCAGGGAGGAGCCAGCCCCGCUCCCCCCGGCGUCCCCGGCUCCUCCGCCCCCGGCCUGCCGGGCCCCGUGGGCCUGAGUAAUCCGCUCCUCUCCGUCCUGAAAGGCUUCCUGACCUCCAGCGAGCCCGCUCUGAUCAAUUCCGCCUCUCUGCCAUCGGCGGUGCCCGGCGGCCUGGCCUCUCUGUCGUCCCUGGCGGCGACGCAGAGCCCCGAUCCCCCGGCCUCGGCCCUGGGCAAGUGCUACGUCCCGCCGGCCGCGCCGCCCCCCCAGCGCUCGUCCACCCCCGCGGGGCUGGCCGUCUUCCCCGGGCUGCCGUCUCCGGCGCUGGCCAACCCCAGCUCCACCCCCCCGGCCCUGCCGGCGCCCGCGCCCCCGACCUGCGGCUCCUCGCUCCCGCCGGCGCCCGGCCCGGAGCCGCAGGGCCCGCCCGCCCCCGCCGCCUCGGGGAUGACCGUGAUGGUCAAGACGGAGCCCACCAGCCCGACCCCGUCGGCCUUCAAGGGCCCGUCCCACUCGGCCAACCCCGCCCACGGCCCCCCGGGCCUGUCGGCGGCCCUGGGCCGAGCUUUUAACCCGGCGGCCUCGGCGCCGGUCAGCUUGUCCCCCUGCCUUAACCCGGCCCUGUCGGGCCUGUCCUCUCUGAGCAGCCCCCUCAACAGCUCCUCUCCCCUGUCUUCCAUCAGCCUGGCGCCUCACGCCGCCUCCACCCCGCUGGCCCCCGUGUUCACCGCCCUUCCCCCUUUCACGUCUCUCACCAGCAACUUCCCUCUCCCCGGCAACGCGGCGGCCCUGGCGCCCCCGGCGACCCUGCCCGGCUCGCUGAUGGCCACGCCGUCCAGCGCGGCCCCCUCGGCGCCCGUCGCCCACGCCAACGGCUCCUCGGGGCCGGCGGUCCUCCCGGGCCUGACCGCCGCCGCCGCCACCCCGGCCUCGGCCGCCCCGUUCCCCCUCAACCUGUCCUCGGCCGUGCCCUCGCUCUUCUCCGUCGCCCAGGGGCCCCUGCCCUCCUCGAACCCUUCGUUCCCCGGCUUCCCCGUCUCCAACGCGCCCGGCGGGGCCCCGGCCCUGCCCUCGUUCCCGGGGCUCCAGGCGGCGGCCUCCGGAGCGGCGGCCGCCACGGCCCCGUCCCCGGCGCCCGUCCUGCCCGGCUUCGCCUCGGCCUUCAGCUCCAACUUCAACUCGGCCCUCGUCGCCCAAGCUGGUUUGUCUUCUGGACUUCAAGCUGCUGGAAAUUCGGUCUUUCCUGGACUUUUGUCCCUGCCCGGUAUCCCCGGAUUUUCCCAGAAUCCCUCCCAGUCUUCCUUGCAAGAACUGCAACACAACGCAGCCGCACAGUCAGCCCUCUUACAGCAGGUUCAUUCGGCUUCGGCCCUGGAGAGUUACCCCGCGCAGCCCGACGGGUUCCCCAGCUACCCGUCCACCCCGGGAACGCCGUUCUCCUUGCAGACGGGCCUGUCCCAGAGCGGGUGGCAGUGAAGAGAGCCAGCGGGCUCUUGACCUCCCUCCUUCGGAACAAGCCCAGAUCGCGUGAGGACGGCGCCGGGCGGCUCGAGACACGGGAAGCUGGAGAGAAGUGAGAGGAAAUGAGUAAGGUUAACCUCGCUUGCUCACCUCGGCGGUGUUUUUCUUUGAGGCAGUUAAGGACGGACGCUUCCUUGUGUAUAUAGAACGACGGACGGCAUAGCAGAGGGUGUUUGGAGUCUCCUCGCAGUGUCGAACGAGACUCUGGCGUGUGGGUGGGUGUGUGUGUGUGUGCGUGUUUUGGUGGGGGAGUCUCAGGAAGGAGCACCGUGGACCUCUGGCGGCCUUCGGUCUGCCCGGCCGACUCCCGAGCCGGUGCCGACGGGUGGUUGGGGUUCAAGGUUGCACGAGGCCCUAAGGAUUCUCUGCCCUCGGGAUGUAUGGAUGGCUCCUACGGGCUCAGUAGGGGCUCGGGGUGUUUACACUGUGUACCCUGGAAUGGUUUUUAAAUUCUGAUACGAAAUGUCACGCGUGUACUGCUGAAUCGAACCGAAAAAACCUAUUUGUGUCAAGCGAGGAGGAGCAGACGGUGGUGCUUUGCGAAGUCGGAGUGGAAUGAAUAGUUCAGGUUUCUGGAGGAAAGGUACCCUUCUGGGCAUUUUUGCUUCCCGAAGUCCUCACGAGCCUUUUGUAGAAUCUGCCUUGAGGAUGUGUUCCUUUCCCUACAGCAGGGAAGGCCCUCUCUGCCAGGGAAUCGGGUGACCGGGGGUGGCGUCGUCCCCUAGAGCACUGUGAGCUGUAAAUCACUGGCGGACGUCGGUGGUCCACGGGUUUUAUUUAAUCGGGUUCUUGCAGAGACCUCUGUACUUAGAGCGCGCUAGAGGGAUGGCUUGACCCGAGGGAGAGACACGAUUUACUCUGGGAGCCAAGUACUUGUGGGCGCUCUGUUUCUGAAUACCCAGGGUAGGUGGAACACACGACAGGAUAUCUUCUAUUUAAAGAAACAUCUCUUUACCGAGUUCGGAGGGGAAGAAGAAACAGUAAAGAGAGUGCCACCCGCUCCUAUGAUUAAAAGUAUGAAUUGUAGAAAGUCUACUGUAGAACAGCUCUCUACCUAGAGGUUUUACUUUUUUACAAGAGGGUCACUUCUGGAAGAUGUUGCUAGUGUAUUUUCCUUCCACCAGGGAGCAGACUUUUUAAGCAUAUUAAUGAAAAUAUUCCUGUAUGGUUAGUUUUUAAACAGUUUUUUAAAAUAAAGUUUACAGACAUUG